AUGGCACCUCCAGAGGAUACUGAGAAGUCACCCACAAGAUCUAAAUAUGUUAGUUUAGAAAAUGGUGAUAUACAGGAUAAUGAUAGUGAAACAGUUAUAGAAGGCCAACAUUAUUAUACUUUACCUACCUUACGAUUUAUUAAUAUUGUUAAAAUUAUUAUAUUUAUUGAUGGUAUAUUAUCUAUUGUAUUAUGGCUUACAGGUGGACACACAAAAUAUUUUGUAGACAACAUAGUUCAUUUUCAUCUAACUGAGUCAGUGUUUGAUUUAGCUUUAAUAUGUAGUAUCAAAUCAGUUCUAUAUAUGAUUUUAUAUACAUGGCUGGAAGAACUAACCUUAAAAUUCACCAACUGUCCUUUUGAUCAAGACUUGAAGACUAAGACAAGAUAUGCUCACUUUGGAAUUGUGUUUAUUGCCAUUGCAGUACUUACAUACACAACGACUAAAGGUGGAUUAGUGUUAAAUGCGUAUUUAAAUAAAAAAGACUAUAGGAUAAUGCAUCCCACAUAUAAUGCCUUAGUAAUUAGUGCGUUUGUGUUCAGCUUCAUUCAAAUUAUCUGUGCCUUAUACAGUUUCGUUGCCAUGAGAAAAUUAAAAGUUUUACGCAUAUUACAUCGGUUGAAUGAUGAUGGAGAGGAAGUUGAUGCAGACGGCAAACCUAUCAAGAAAAAAGCUAAUAUUUUAAGAUUGAUCAAAUUAGCUAAACCUGAAGCGGGAAUCAUCAGUUUAGCAUUUUUCGCUAUGUUGGGUUCAAGUGGUGUACAAAUUGUAGCUCCUCUGUUCUUUGGUAAAGUUGUAGAUGCAGCUCAAAGGAAUAUGGAUGAGUUAAAUAAUACAGUGUUAAUCUUAUUAUUUAUAUAUAUGGGCGGUGCAUUAUGUUCUAGUGCCAGAAGUUGGAUAUUUACUCUCGCUGGCCAACGUGUGGUUGCUAGGUUACGUAAAGAUCUAUUUAAGUCAGUUAUAAAACAGGAAGUGGCAUUUUUUGAUACAAACAGAACUGGUGAAAUAUGUAAUAGAUUAUCUUCUGAUACACAAGUUUUACAAAAUGCAGUAACAGUUAAUAUGUCCAUGUUGUUUCGGUAUUUACUACAAAUAAUCGGAUCACUGGUAUUAAUGUUUGUAUUAAAUCCAUCAUUAACUGGUGUACUAAUAGCAGUAGUACCUAUUGUGUCCUUAGGUGCUGUACAAUAUGGUAGAUAUUUAAAGAAAGUAAGAAAAGAGUUUCAGGAUAGAUUAGCAGACGCAGGAACUACAGCAGAAGAAUCUAUUUCUAGUAUAAGAACUGUGCGAUCAUUCUCAGGAGAAACUAAAGCUAUUAAAGCCUAUGGUUCUGAUGUUGAUAAAAGUUAUAAAGAAGGCUCCAAGCUAGCUGCUGCUCAAGGGUUAUUUGAUGGUACUAUUGGACUACUAUCCUAUGGUGCUGUAUUGUUAGUAUUAUGGUAUGGUGGUAAAUUAGUCUAUGAAAAUACUCAAGAUUCUAAUACUGGUAUUUCACCAGGUGUCCUAACAUCCUUUCUUCUGUAUACAUUACAAGUGGCUUUAGCUUUUGCUCUUCUGUCUUCAUUAUAUGGUGAUUUUAUGCAGGCUUUAGGUGCAUCUUUACGUAUAUUUGAGUUAUUUGAUCGUAAACCUUUAGUUAGCUCUGAAAAUGGUGAUAUUUUACCUAUGUUUGAUGGCCAUGUGGAAUUUAAAAAUGUCCACUUCACAUACCCUUCAAGACCAGAAACACCUGUAAUCAAGGGUAUUAAUUUAACUGUUAGUCCUGGACAAGUUGUAGCUCUAGUUGGACCGUCUGGUGGUGGCAAGUCUACUAUUGUUAGUUUAAUAGAAAGAUUUUAUGAUCCUGAUAGUGGUUCUAUUUCUCUAGGUGGUCAAGAUUUAACUAGUUUAGAUCCUCAAUGGUUUAGACAGAAGAUUGCUAUGGUUAGUCAAGAACCCACAUUAUUUGCCUGUUCUAUCAAAGAAAAUAUAGCUUAUGGUAGAAAUGCUACAGAUGCUGAGAUUGUAGAAGCAGCUAAACAGGCUAAUGCUCAUGAGUUUAUACAAACAUUUGAGAGUGGUUAUGACACAUUAGUUGGUGAGAGAGGUGUUAGGCUAUCUGGUGGACAGAAACAACGUAUAGCUAUCUCUAGAGCUUUAAUUAUGGAUCCUGUUAUAUUAUUACUUGAUGAGGCUACUAGUGCAUUAGAUGCUGAAAGUGAACAUUUAGUACAAGAAGCUAUUGAUCGUGCUAUGAAAGGUCGUACUGUAAUAGUUAUAGCUCAUAGAUUAUCUACUGUUAGAAAUGCUAAUAAGGUCAUAGUUAUAGAUAAAGGUCUGAUAGCAGAACAGGGAAGUCAUGAUGAAUUAUUAGCUGUUAAUGGCGUCUAUAAACGAUUAGUUUUACGUCAACUAACAGCUGGUGGCAUGAUGGUUAAUAAUGGUAACGAUAAUAGUACUGAAGAAAAUAACGAUUCAGAACAAAAUACUAAUAAGGACCAUGAUCAAGAUACUAUUCAACAAUUAGACUAA